AUGGGAAAAGCUGUGAUUGCAGAGGAUAUUGAGCAUGAAGAAACUUAUCUAGUAGAGUCUGAGAAACUGGAUGAAUUUAUUGAUAAUACACCAUGCAACCAUCAGCAUGUUGAUGAGUUGGAAAAGAGAAAGGAAAAGCAGACCGAAGUGGUGAUUACUAUGCUCCCAAAACCACCUCCUCUAUUUCCCCAUCGAUUGAAAAAGAAGGCCGACGACAAAAAUUUUGGCAAGUUUAUGGCCAUGCUUAAGCAGUUGACAAUCAACUUACCAUUGAUGGAGGCAUUGGAGCAAAUGUUCGGGUACACAAAGUUCAUAAAAGACCUUGUUAAGAAGAAGCGGACAGUUAGUUAUGAGACGGUGGACAAUCUCCUUUUUGGUGGAGCUGGGAUAAAUUUGAUGCCGCUUGCUAUGUAUAAGAAAUUGGGUUUGGGGGAUCCUACUCCUAUGAACAUAAGAUUAGUUAUGGCAGACAGGUCUGUGAAGCGGCCCGUGGGAAUUUUAUAUGACGUACUGGUUAAGUCGGCCAAUUUCACAUCUCCAGCUAAUUUUGUUAUUCUCAAUUGUGAGGUAGACUUCAAGGUGCCCAUAAUCUUGGGUAGACCUUUUCUCGCAACUGGGAGUGUACUUAUUGGUCUAAAGGCAAAUGAACUACUAUUUAGGCUAAAUGAUGAAGUAGUUCAAUUUGAUGUAUGCCAGUCCAUGAAACAGCAUAAAGAUAUGAGCAUUAUGAGGAGGAGCAGGAAGUACCUAUAG